CUUCCGGGGUGGGGCCCGUCCAGUGCUUGCCCAUGGGGAAUGUGGCCUUUCAACGCUGCUGAGAUCGGCAGUCGCUUGGCCGCUACUUCCGUUACUUUGAGACGGUUCCUGAGGUUUGGGGUGACCAUGGCCAAGAGCAAGUUUGAGUACGUGCGGGAUUUUGAGGCUGACGAUACCUGCUUGCCACACUGCUGGGUCGUGGUGCGGCUGGACGGCCGGAAUUUCCACCGGUUUGCUGAGAAACACAACUUUACAAAACCUAAUGACAGUCGAGCUCUCAAUCUGAUGACCAGAUGUGCCCAGACAGUAAUGGAGGAGCUGGAGGACAUUGUGAUUGCAUAUGGACAGAGUGAUGAGUACAGCUUUGUGUUCAGGCAGAAAAGCAAUUGGUUUAAAAGAAGAGCCAGUAAGUUCAUGACUCUCGUGGCCUCCCAGUUCGCCUCCAGUUAUGUGUUUUAUUGGCCGGAUUACUUUGAGGACCAGCCCCUUCUGUAUCCCCCAGGAUUUGAUGGAAGAGUCGUGUUGUAUCCUAGCAACCAGACCUUGAAGGACUACCUCAGUUGGCGGCAGGCAGACUGUCACAUCAAUAAUCUUUAUAAUACAGUUUUCUGGGCCCUUAUCCAGCAGUCUGGACUAACACCAGUCCAAGCCCAGGAGAGAUUAAAGGGAACUGUGACAGCAGACAAGAAUGAGAUCCUGUUCUCUGAGUUCCACAUCAACUACAAUGACGAGCCACAGAUGUACAGGAAAGGGACAGUGUUGGUGUGGCAGAAGGUGGAUGAAGUCAAGACACAAGAAAUUAGGCUACCAGAAGAAAUGGAAGGGAAAAAGAUGACCAUAACCCGGACCAGAACCAGGCCGCUGCCCUUGUACUGCGACCUCAUUGGGGAUGCUUUCUGGAAGGAACACCCAGACAUUCUGGAGGAAGGGAACUGACCCUGCACCCUGCAGUUCUGCUGUGCUUAGCCAUGCAGGGCUCCCUGAGUCUCCUCUCCUUAGGUGGCUCGAGCAUUUCUAGCCCCAAGAACACUGGAAGGAGUGGCGUGGCUGGAGUUGGGUGGAGACAGAGAAAGAAGCAAUGGAUGGGGGCGGUGUAUCUUACUGUGCUGAAGCAGAAUACCUUUUUUUUUUUUUUUUUUUUUUUACGGUGUUAGAACAUGACUUCUUUGGCUCUUUUCAAAAUCAUGAUCCUAUUUUUAUAAAAGAACUAUUCAUGCUUUGCUGGCGGAGUCAUUUUUAGCUGUGGCAUAAGCCUUACAAAAACCUGUCGCCUCUUUGCACCUCUGAUAGAAGAGGAGCCCAAACUUUACCCUCACCCACCUUUCUUAACUAGAGAACGUGGUGACUGAAAAAUCCCACUUCUGAAAGCCAUGUACUUGUGCUCAUCUUUGGCAUGAAGUUAAAUAUGGGUUCCUGCCUGCACGAUGCCUCCAGAUUGAGGAAUCCCAGGGAACACUUGAGGCUUUGUGCCAGUUCCUCGGGGUGGCAGCUCCAGCCGAACAAAUGACGAGUGGUUUGGGUGUCCUGCACCAUUCCAGAAUUGAUUUUUCUGGAACUGUUAGCUUGAUCAUCAUCAUCUCUGACCAGGGACAUAGUUUCCAGUCACUUAACUCUUCUGAAGAAAAGGUAUUUUGGGGCGCUAUAUGUGUGUGUAUGAAUGAGGAUGGAGAAACAGCUACUCCAUGGACACCGGAAGUACUUCAGUUGGAAAAGCUGACUUCGGGUUAGACUUCUGGGCAGGCAUUUCCAAAUAGCCUCAAUGUAGUCAGAACUGUAACAUUUGAAUUCAGGAGCACCAGGAGGCCUGAUACUGUGGUUUAGCUUAAUCCCAGCUCUCAGGAGGUUGAGUCAGGAAGAGCAAACAUUUGAAGCCAAGCUGGACUACAUGGCAAGACUGUAAAAAAGGGUGGAGUUGGGGUUGGGGGCUCUACUGAUUUCAGA